AUCAAAUCUUGUUGCUUAUGUUUAUUCUACCAAGUAGAAAAUAUCAUUAUUUAUUUUAUAGAUAUAGAUAUAAUUCCAUGUCUUAUUACAAAUGAAAGUAAUAUUAAUAAACGUGGGUUUAAGGAAUAUGGCAAAUCGUCUUCCUACAGACCAAGCACUUUCUUCAUCGGUGAAAUUAUGGAUGUUCUCAUAUUUGUUUAAAGACUAGUAUUUUGCAAACAUUCGAAAAGUCAGUUUUAUUCGCAUCGUCUCUAGUGCCAUGUCUUCCGAUAAAAUAAUAAUUUUUAUCGUAUUAAAUUGCAUUAAAUGUAGUUUUUCAGUUAUUUCAGAAAAACAUAACGAUACUCUUCAUGUUCUUCGGAAUCCAACCAAUUUUGAAAUAAAUGGCAGACAAAAUAAAUAUUUUCAAAAUUACAUUCCUCAAGCAUAUUACGAUCGACGUCAGUAUCAAACUUACUCAAAGCCUUAUUCUUAUAAUCAUAUUAGACAUGAUCCUUAUGUAAGUCCUAAUCCAAAUUUAUACUAUUCAGAUCCCUAUUAUGGACAGCCUGUUGGUCAGGGCAUUCGUCAAAAUAUUAUGGAGGUUCUGAAUUCGAUAACGAGAAAUGAUAAUUUACAAUGUGUACCCAAAAUACUAUGCGAGAUUACAUCAGGUACAUUAUCUGGACGCCAAUAUGGACAAAAUUUGCCUAUUAAUUUUAAUAUGGAAUCUUUAAUAGGAUUACUACCAUUACUCAAUGGAUUACAAUCUUCCCCGCUGCUUUAUUUCGGAAAAGCGGCCUUACUAGGUUACACAUCCAAGGGUGAUUCUAGAACGUGCACACAUCAAUAUCCUGAGUGUCCUUCAGAGCCUGACAAAUUGGUGCAGUACCUUAAUAAUCACAACGGAGGUUUUUUUAGAUAUUUCAAUGGAAUUAACCCUAAACUUUACGCUCCCUUCUAUCAAGGAUUUUACCAGAACUAUCGACCACCAGUACCAUCUUAUUUAAAUAGACAAGAUGUAGCUGAUAAGAGAAUUCAGAACACUCCAGUGAAAUAUAUUUCUGCAAAUAGCAUUAGACAAAAUAAAGGGUUCACAUUUCCUCAAAAAGAUUACUUACAUUUUCCGGAAAAUAUUGAAAAUAAUAGAUCUCCAAAAAAAAUUAACUUUUAUAAAGGGGAUGGUGCAUAUUUUGAAAAACCAUUAGCAAAUCAUAAGGCGACGCCGUUAAUUUUUCCAGACAGGACUGGUACUGGACAACUAAUUGUAGAUUCAGAAUAUUUUAAUAAAGAUACAAGAGUUCCAUUCAACGAUAAACGAGAAUUUUAUACCAGUAAUGAUAUUAGUAAUGUAAGGAAUUUUUAUUUUAAUUUAAACAGAUUGGAACAUGACAGGGAAUUGCAUUUUCCUGAUCGUUAAG